AAAAUGGGGACGUUGAUGUAAAAUCGAAGCAAAAAAAUGAUUCUUUUCUUUUCGUGUCUACAACGGCGGCUGAAGUGGCUGAGUGCCAUUUGCCGACGACGAAGGUGUUUGGUGAGCGACCACACAACGGUUUAAAAUCACACUGAAUCUCUAAAAUCUCCCUUCAUUUCCACCCCAUUUUGAAGAAGAAGAGGCAUAGGUUUCUUGUCCAGAAGGUACUAAACAGCAUAAAAGAUGGAAUCUGGAUCAUGGCAUAUUGAGAAAAGAACUUCUUCUCUUCGAAAUGACUCUUUUACAGGAGAAGAGAAUGUGCCGGAAACUGGCUGUCUUUCCAUUAUUGUGCUUGGAGCAUCUGGAGAUCUUGCUAAAAAGAAGACUUUUCCAGCUCUCUUCCACCUUUUUGUCCAGGGAUUCCUGCAAUCAAAUGAAGUUCACAUUUUUGGUUAUGCGAGGUCGAAAAUUUCUGAUGAUGAUCUAAGAAACCGCAUACGUGGAUAUCUUGUCCAAGGCAAAACUACUGACUCAGAGCAGUUAGAAGAAGUAUCCAAGUUUCUGCAGUUGAUCAAAUAUGUAAGUGGUUCGUAUGAUUCUGCGGAGGGUUUUCAGAAGUUGGAUAAGGAAAUCUCAGAGCAUGAGAUUUCCAAAAAUAGUACAGAGGGAUCAUCUCGCAGGCUGUUCUAUUUUGCACUUCCUCCUUCGGUAUAUCCAUCUGUCUGCAAGAUGAUCAAGCAUUAUUGCAUGAAUAAAUCUGAUCUUGGUGGAUGGACCCGGAUUGUUGUGGAGAAACCUUUCGGCAAGGACUUGGCAUCUGCGGAGAAGUUAAGUUCCCAGAUUGGAGAACUGUUUGAUGAACCACAAAUUUACCGUAUAGAUCACUAUCUGGGGAAGGAAUUGGUUCAAAACCUGUUGGUACUUCGUUUCGCAAACCGCUUUUUCUUGCCCCUUUGGAACCGUGACAACAUUGAUAAUGUUCAGAUCGUGUUCAGGGAGGAUUUUGGUACUGAGGGGCGUGGUGGAUAUUUUGAUGAAUAUGGGAUUAUUCGUGAUAUCAUUCAAAACCAUCUAUUACAGGUUCUUUGUUUGGUUGCUAUGGAAAAACCUAUUUCCCUCAAACCCGAGCACAUCCGAGAUGAGAAAGUAAAGGUUCUUCAGUCAGUGCUGCCAAUUAAGGAUGAAGAGGUAGUUCUUGGGCAAUAUGAAGGUUACAGAGAUGAUCCUACUGUUCCUGAUCACUCAAACACACCAACUUUUGCAACUAUGGUGUUGAGGAUUCAUAAUGAAAGAUGGGAGGGUGUCCCAUUUAUAAUGAAGGCUGGAAAAGCAUUGAGCUCAAGAAAGGCAGAAAUUCGAGUUCAGUUCAAGGAUGUUCCGGGUGACAUUUUCAGAUGCAAAAAGCAAGGGAGGAAUGAGUUUGUGAUUCGCUUGCAACCUUCGGAGGCCAUGUACAUGAAGCUUACGGUCAAGAAACCUGGACUGGAAAUGUCAACUGUACAGAGUGAAUUAGACUUGUCGUAUCGCCAACGUUAUCAGGGUGUUACAAUUCCAGAGGCAUACGAGCGUCUUAUCCUCGACACAAUAAGGGGCGACCAGCAGCAUUUCGUUCGUAGAGAUGAGCUGAAGGCUGCCUGGGAGAUCUUCACGCCAUUGCUGCACAGAAUCGACAACGGUGAGCUGAAGUCGCUUCCAUACAAACCAGGGAGCCGUGGUCCAGCUGAGGCUGACGAGCUACUGGAAAAGGCUGGUUAUGUUCAAACCCAUGGCUACAUUUGGAUCCCUCCCACAUUGUAGAAAAUAUUAUUUGAUUUCUGUUGUUGAUGUAAAAGCCUGAUCUGCAACAGUACAGAGUGGGUAUAUGAGUUUGCUAUUUAUCAUCGAUCCAAAAUAAGGAUUUAGUGUGGCGUGUAUAAAACAAUACUGAAGUUUUAAAUCCAGUGGCAAUAAUCAUAAUUCUCCUUCCACUUUAA